UUAUCAGCAUUAUUGUAGAAGUAGAAUUGACAUCGUGGGUGGAUGGGGACAAGUCAUCUCUGAUGAACAUUUAAACUCAUUCUCUUUUCUAUAUAGAACCCAACAUGCUUAUUUCCAAGGAGAACAGAAAGGCCAUCUACUCGGCUCUUUUCAAGGAUGGUGCCCUCGUCGCCCCCAAGGACUACAAUCUUGCCAAGCACCCCGAAAUUGAUGUCCCUAACCUCGAAGUUAUCAAGGCUCUUCAAUCCUUGACUUCCAAGGGUCUUGUCAAGACUCAAUUCUCCUGGCAAUGGUACUACUAUACUCUCACUGAUGAGGGUAUUGAUUACCUCCGUGAAUACCUUCACUUGCCUCAAGAAAUCGUUCCUGCCACCUUGAAGAAGUCUGCUCGUCCUGCUGCUCCUCGUCGUGCUUUCGGUGGUGAAGGUCGUGAAAACCGUGGUCCCCGUGGCGACCGUGGUGACUACCGUCGUAAGGAAGGUGCCUCUGGUGACUUCAAGCCCGAGUUCCGUGGUGGUCUCGGUAAGUUACUUUUUUAGCCACUUGAAAAGACAGUGUAGGCUGAUUGCAUAAAAUAAUUAGGUCGUGGUAACCGCGAAUAAAGGACUCCUUGUUUUUUUUGUGUGUGUUUUUUAAAAAUAAA